AGCUAGAUGUCAGUAUCACCACUAAAACGAGCCGAUUUUACACUAUUUUAAAACACGAGAGACAAGUGUCAACCUAAUCUCUGUGUGAGUGUUAAAAAUCUCUUGUUUAUUUGUUAAUCUCUCACUGGUGGAGAUUUUACUGCUAUUCAAAUCCGACAAGCUGUUCACAUGUCGUGAACUAAUAAUAACUCUGUGAUUCCAGGUGUAGCUGGCGGAGCAGGGCUUGUCCUCCACUCAAUCAGCGAGUUUCACACAUUCCCUUUGUGAAUGCAAGGCUACAGGACAAAGAGGGAGACCGGGCUGAGAGCACGGCUGUAAAUGGAUGGAGGAGGUAAAAGAGGACGGCGGGGGAGAGCCGGCUGAGAGGAGGCAAAGCCGGCAGAAUUCAAACCAAACCCCAUCGACUCACCAGCCUCAGCAGACGUCUUGGUUACAGACUUUGAGGACACUGAGACCCGGCUGGUACAGCUUUGCUCCCGUAGGUGUGGUGUGGUCCAUCUGCCGGGUGGAGGGGACGCCGAGCGCCUCUCUGUUGCCGGUGGACGUGUGCUGGAGGCUCCUGGCCGUGUGUUUGCUGUGGAUGGCUCUUGGAGGUUGUGUCCAUGCCCUGAAGUGCUGCCUGCGGCCACGACGCGGCGGGUUCCAGGGAGAGCGUCCAGUCAGGAUGCAGCAGGAGGUUGUUACUGAAAACAGGAAUAACCACUAUUUAUGGACGUCCCAGCUGGGGAGCCGGGACCACCAUGUUCCUCCAGCUCUCGCCCUGGCUGACAGUCUGCUGCUGUGUGUGCUCCAGGAGCCCCUUUCAGAUCCCAGUAUGCCCCACAUAAAGGCUCUCCUCUCCAGGCUGGAGUCAGUGUGUCACACACUCGAAAAGGCGGAUAUUGGUUGGGAUGCGACGCUGGAGCGUCCUGGCCGAGACUGUACACUGAUCGACAAAGUGAAGGUCAUCCACACAUACCUGCAGCAGAGGUCGAGGUCAUUGUGCAGACUCGUCCAGGUGCAGGAGGAUUUUGAAGCCAGGGUGAAGGACAUGCUUGAGGGCCUACAAGGCCUCUGGGCUCAAUUGGAGGAGCUCCACACCGGGGUUACGCUCACCAAAGAGGGGGGCGGAGGCCGCGGAGACCUGGCCUCUGCCGGGACGCACGCAGAGACUCUGUUUACCGUCUUGGGGCGCUACAGGAACAGACUCCAGUCCUGCCAGGCUCUCCAGGAGGAAAGCACACAAUUACUGCAGGAGUUAACAUGGCGUAACGCAAAACUAAGCAACAGUGGGAGCGGCGGCAGUGAGUCAGUGUGGCCAGAGCUGUUGCUUCAGGCCAACAUGGAGCAGUUUGACCAGCUGCAGGAGAGUUUCAUCAACCUGGAACAACAGACCACUACGUUUCAGGCGCACUUGGAGGGACUUGGAAUCAGGAAUCGGGAAGGACACACGGGGACGGGGCAGGUCGAUCAUGCCGACGGGGCCCGAUCACGAUCGGUUUCUCCACAGACUUCCCUGCAUCUCCAGAAUGGAGGAACCACGGACGAGAGGGACAGUAACCCGACCUCUGCAUCCACAUCGGUCUCCUCAAUGGAAAUAGACACAGACACAGACAGAGACAGGGACAGCCCUCUCUCACUGCGUGAGAGAUCGGCUCUGCAGUUCAGCUCCACUAUCCAACGCCUGCGUAAAUCUGGGAUGAGGAAGUGAGUUUCUUGGAUUAUACUUGGAACAUGCAUCAGAAAAUUAGAUAGAAAGGUUUAAAUUAACAGUGGAGAAUAUUUUCAAACAUGGAUCAUCUGAUGAUUUUAUUCCUUCUAUUUUCAUUCAUUUCAUUCAAUGUUUUGCUUACAUUUACCAUUUCAAAGACAGUAGUAGGAGGACAUUCGAUGAAACAUUAAAAGCUUUUUUAGAUACAGAAUAUUUCAAACACAAGGGGGCAAACUUCCACCAGUAAUGAAACACAAAAGCUUUUCUAUCAGAUCACGUAUUCCAACAUAGUUUGUCAUGAUCUCAAACCAUUCAUAUAGCGUACGGUAAUUUAAAAUCUCUGUCUACAAUGGAGAACCAUUAACCGGCACUUUUCUUACAAUCAACUCAUUUGAAGAAAUUGUUGGACCGGCUUCUCGAACAUACAGCCCAUGAAAGUGUUCCCCAUAAAAUCCAGCCACAACAUGAUCAACAUACUAUUCAAUUACACUAUCUGUCCUAUUUGUACAAGAAUGGAGUAAUUUAACAUUGGAUCUCCCUUUUUUUAACCAGGUGAAAGUUAGAUUUAUGAAUAUUUUUAAUAAGCAUGUCCUUCUGUGCAGGCGGAAUUGGAUUGACGCUAAGAAAUCCCAGACUGUAUAAUUUCACUCCAAUUGUUGGUUCUACCUCAAGAAGCCAUGCAACUAGAGCUUUUCAAAGCGCGGCCAUUGUAGGGCAGAGGGGGCAAGAGGAAGGUAGAAGGUCAACGCUGGAAGCGCUUCUGUUAUUACUAAAAACUGAGCAGCCCUUCAGACCGCUUUGAAAGACAUGAAUGUCUUUGAUCCAAGUCCAAUUACCCUGCAGCUCCGACACUGAUAGAAGUCGACACAAUUUUCUCCACCAGAUCCUCACUAUUAUUGCCGGAGAAAACCGGAUUUCUGAUGAGAAUCAAUCCAUUCAUUGCUGCCUUUAUGUGCUAGUGGUAGGGAGUCCGUACUGUAUGCGUGACGUGGAUGUCAUUUGACCAUGAACUCACCCGCCAUCUGCCAGAUCCUGCAUCUGUCUGAUUCCUUCAUACUGGGGCAGGGAUCUUAAGAGGUGGGGCAGACGGGGAAUCUGGGAUGCAAGGAAUGCAAGCUGAAUGCUGCAGGAUCCGAGGUGUCACAAUACUGAAGAUGCAAACGCACCACAUUUGGACGGAGCGGGACUUUGGGAGGAAAGACGUGUGUUUUUCGGUAAUGUGAAAUUAUUGACAAGAGCUUUUAAUAAAAAUAUAUUCUUUUUUUACUACAUGA